AUGGCUUCUCUCCUGCAAAGUCUCGGCGACUUCCCUCGUCGUCUUGCGGCGUUUCUUGACCGCCCCGGCUUCCCGUGGAAGAAGUUGAUUCUGGGAUUCUCCCUGGGUCAGUAUGUGCUCGAAGGUCUCCUCUCCUUGAGGCAGUAUAAAGUGCUACAAAAGAAGAAGCCGCCGAAGACGCUGGAAGACGAAAUCUCUCAGGAUGUCUUCGACCAAAGUCAAGCGUAUGGUCGUGCAAAGGCCAAGUUCGGCUUCGUCUCCGGCCUCUACUCCCAGAUCCAAAACGUCCUCUUCAUUCAAUACGAUGUCUUACCUAAGCUCUGGUCACUGACGGGUCUCUGGCUGGCCCGUUACUUUCCCAGUCGAUUCUCCGGCGAGAUUUCCCACUCGGUGCUCUUCUUCUUCACCUUCAGUCUCAUUUCCCAGGUCCUGGCGCUUCCUCCUUCCUACUAUGGCACCUUCGUUCUGGAAGAGAAAUUCGGGUUCAACAAGCAAACCGUCAAGCUGUGGAUCACGGAUAUGCUCAAGAGCCAGGCGUUGAUGGUGGCGUUGGGAACGCCGUUGCUGAGUGCGUUUCUCAAGAUCAUCCAAGUGACGGGCACACGGUUCUUCUACUAUCUCUGGCUCUUUGGAAUCGUUGUGCAACUCUUUGCCAUCACCAUUUAUCCGAUCUUCAUCCUGCCUCUGUUUAACAAGCUCUCCCCUCUCGAACCUGGAGAACUUAAGUCUGGAGUGGAGGCUUUGGCACAAAGGCUCAAAUUCCCCCUGAAAUCGCUAUACGUUAUCGAUGGCAGCAAACGCAGUGCGCAUAGCAAUGCGUACUUCUUCGGGCUCCCGUGGAAGAAACACAUUGUCAUCUACGACACUUUGAUCGAAAAGAGCGAACCCCAGGAAGUGGUGGCGGUACUGGGUCAUGAGCUAGGACAUUGGAGUCUGUCGCAUACCACAAAACUGUUCGCAAUCGCCCAGUUUCACAUGUUCUAUAUCUUCGCACUCUUCAGCAUCUUCAUAGACAACCACUCCCUGUACUCCUCUUUUGGCUUUCACAACUCGCACCCCAUCAUUAUCGGCUUCAUCUUGUUCUCGGACGCCCUGGCUCCCAUGGACGCCGUGGUGAAGCUCUUGAUGAACGUGCUCUCCCGAAAAUUCGAAUUUGAAGCCGAUGCAUUCGCCACCAAUCUCGGGUACAAGAAGGAGCUAGCAAGGAGUCUGAUCAAGUUGCAAGUGCAGAAUUUGAGUACGAUGGACGCUGACUGGAUGUAUGCGAGCUAUCACUACAGUCAUCCCAUUCUGGCGGAGAGACUGGCUGCUUUGGGAUGGAAGAGUUCCAAGUCAUCCCCGGCAAAUGGCAAGAUUGUCGAGCUGGACGAGAAAGUUGCCGACUCGGAUGUGGUGAAGGCGAGCCAGAGGGAGCUGUGA